AUGAACCUCUUUGUCUAUGACAAUCUAGCCCCUUUAUACAUAUCAAAGUUGAACGGGCAGGGCCCCUUGAAUUUCUCCUGGGUCUGUCCUCGAUUGUCUUUGAAGGAGAUUUUUGAUGCUCUUAUCCAUGGAGGUCAUCACUUACAUAUCCAGUUAAGAUUACAUUGGAGAAGCCAGAAACUAAUAUUUCAUUCCAGGCCUUCCCUUCUCGAUUCACGCGUCAACCAUGCUCCAUCUCCAAGCCAUGACUGCGUAUCAGUUGUGCCACUAGACACGUAUCUGUCCAUUAAAGCCAAGCCAAAAAAUCAUGAUAAUGAAAGCAGCAGCAAAGGACAGAGAUCAGUGUCGGUGACAUGGCAAGACUUGUGUGUGACUGUUCCAAGUGGGAAGAACAAGAAACCUAUUUUGAAGAGUCUCACUGGCUAUGCCAAGCCUGGACAGCUUUUGGCUAUCAUGGGUCCUUCUGGCUCCGGCAAGACCACUCUCCUUGAUGCCCUUGCAGGAAGAUUGGGUUCAAACACAAAGCAAACUGGGAAGAUUCUUAUCAACGGCCACAAAGAGGCACUAGCUUAUGGAACAUCUGCAUAUGUCACCCAAGAUGAUGCUAUGUUGUCGACUUUAACGGCCGGAGAAGCUUUAUAUUACUCAUGCCAGCUCCAACUUCCAGAUUCCAUGUCCAUGGAAGAGAAGAAGGAGAGAGCAGACUCUACACUAAGAGAAAUGGGUCUACAAGAUGCCAUCCAUACAAGGAUUGGGGGGUGGACUUCGAAAGGACUUAGCAGUGGACAAAAGAGAAGACUUAGCAUUUGCAUUGAGAUUAUAACACAUCCCAAGCUUCUCUUCCUUGAUGAACCAACCAGUGGUCUUGAUAGUGCAGCUUCGUAUUAUGUUAUGAGUAGAAUUGCAAGACUCAUUAAGUUAAGGGAUGGCAUUCAAAGGACUAUUGUAGUAGCUAUCCAUCAGCCUAGUAGUGAAGUUUUUCAAUUUUUCCACAACCUCUGUCUUUUGUCUUCUGGUGAAACAGUAUAUUUUGGCCCUGCUUUAGAUACAAAUGAGUUUUUUGCUUCAAAUGGUUUUCCUUGCCCAAGUUUGAACAAUCCUUCUGAUCAUUUCUUGAGGAUCAUAAACAAAGAUUUUGACCAGGAUGCUGAAGAAGGCUUUGGUAAAGGUGUAACUACAGAAGAAGCUAUUAAUAUCCUCAUCAAGUCCUAUAUGUCAUCCACAAUUCAGAAACAAAUUCAAAAAGAAAUGGAAGAAGUAAUUGAUAGUGAUUCUAAUGCAAUAGAGAAGAAGAGAAUCCAUGCUGGAUUCUUGACCCAAUGCCUCAUUCUUAUAAGAAGAUCUUCCCUUCAUAUGCUUCGUAAUAUAAGCAAUUAUUGGUUACGCCUAGCAGUAUAUACUGCACUUUCUUUAAGUCUGGGCACUAUAUUCUACAACAUUGGCUUAAGUAAUGGAGCUAUUCAGGCUAGAGGGUCGUUGCUCACUUUCUUUAUUUCAAUCCUCUCUUUCAUAACCCUCAUUGGUGGAUUACCUCCACUUUUGGAAGAAAUGAAGGUAUUUAAACGAGAGAGGUUGAAUGGGCAUUAUGGUGUUACUGCUUUCCUUAUUGGCAACACAUUAUCUACUAUACCCUAUAUGCUACUGAUGUCUUUAAUACCUGCUCUUAUAAUAUACUAUCUCUCUAACCUGCACAAAGGACUUGGACGCUUUGUGUAUUUAGUUUCUGUGCUAUUUGCCAUUGUAAUGUCUAUUGAGAGCUGUAUGCUUGUUAUUGGGAGUAUCUUCCCUAAUUUCAUAAUGGGGAUGAUCAUUGUUGGUGGGAUUCAAGGAAUCAUGAUCCUGAUUGGUGGAUUCUAUAGAUUGCCCCAUGAUCUUCCUAAGCUUGUUUGGAGAUACCCUUUACAUUAUGUUUCAUUCCACAAAUAUGCCUUCCAAGGAUUGUUCAAGAAUGAAUUUGACGGUUUAACGUUUGUGGUUGAUGAUCAAGAUAGAAGUAGAAGCAUGAUUGUGAGUGGUAGAGAAAUCUUAAGAAAUACUUGGCAGGUUGAAAUGGGUCAUUCUAAGUGGCUUGAUCUUGCUAUCAUGUUUGGAAUGAUUGUUCUGUAUCAUAUUUUAUUCCUGAUCAUUAAUAAGAGCAAAGAGAAGGCUCAUAGACAAGUGGCUAGUUGAGGGUGGUUAGAUGCUUAAGAAUAAGUCAUUUAAAUCUAUAUUUUAAUUUCAUGGUAGGGAAUGUGUUUCAUCUUAAAUUAAUAUGUAUUUUGUAGUGUUUAAGAAAGAAUUAUGAAUGUAAUUGAAAAUUUUCAAGUUCUAAUUAGUGAUACUUGUUA